GCACAAAACACACUGCAUCAAACCAAAGCACUGCUCCGAGCAGGAUGCGUCAGCAGUCCAUUCAUGUUCCUCUAUUUUCCACUAAAGGACAUAACGAAAAAGAGUGAGAGAGCAAAGGGGAGGUAAAGUGAAGAAAAUCAAAAGAUGGAAGAGAGUGAGAGAGGGCAGAGAAGGGAAAGCGAGAGAGGGCACCAUGAGAGAGAGAGAGAGGGGAAGCGAGAGUGAGAGAAAGCAGUGUCCCAUCUGCUUGCCUUUGCCACCACAGCAAUGCUGGAAAGCCUUGCCAGACUCGUUGGAAUGGCUGGAUUGUUGCUGGGGAGGAAAGGGUUAAAAUAUGGUUGCUGUGGGGAUGCCACUGUCCAUCUAUGCCUUUUCCUCGGACAGCCUGUCUAUUCCCCUAAGCCACACAAAGCCCCAGAAAGCCACAGAACAAGAGACUGUGAGCAUUAAAAAAAAAAAAGGAUCGGAGGACGGGCAGGAGCAAACUGGUUUUUGAAGAGGUAGAUCUCUAAAAAGGUCUGAGUGCUUUGAGCUCACCCAACUACCUUAGGACACUGCAGAGAGAGCAGGAGGGAGGCAGGGAGAGAGAGAGAGAGUGUGAGAGAGCGAGAGUGAGAGAGUGAGAGCGAGAGAGAUAUCCAAGCCGGCGCACGCUCUCUCUUUUGCUGCUACAACGGAUCCUUUCCACAUCGACGCUACUGUUAACGUCACGCCUGUAAGCCGCGCGCUCACCCAGCGCUCGCCUUCCCUGUCUUGCUCCUCUCCCUAGUCGGACGCUGCAUUGGCGAGGGGGUGCUGAUCACCACGAGGAGAGGAGAGACAAAAAAAAAAAAAGAACUGGAAAACAAGAAGAACAGAGAAACAAGCCGGAGAGAGGAAGGAGAAACUGCGCACCACCCCUCCUCCCUCUAACCCACCUCGAUCAACCCAGCUACAACACCCCCACUCCUCCCAGCACCCCCUUCCAUCCCCCACCCCCACUCCCCCUCUGAAGAAAUUGACGGAUUAUUGGGAAGUGCAAGGGAGGCAGGCUGCAGCUGCUGCUGUGUGUGCUCACUACUGCUGCUGUGUGCUUCGCGGGGAUGGUGUGUGUGCGUUUGCAAUUGCUGCUGUCGCCGCCGCGGCUGCCGAGGCUGGAGCGUGUGGCUAGUUAAGACGGGGAAGAAGAAGCUAAUGAAGGCAGUGCGAGUCGCCUAGUCUUUUCAACCCCCGCCGAACACUCCUGGAGGAAGAGAAAAAAAGGAAAAAAAAGAAAAAUCAAGUGGACACGACGCCACAUUGAAAGGGGGAGCGAGGGGAAGAGAGCGAGAAGGGCUGUCAGACUGACCAACCGACCAACUGAUUGACCACUAAAAAGUGAACAGAGGAAUACAGAGAGGAGGGGGGCUGUUCUUUUUUCCCCGGCUUGUCAACCUCACCUCCUAACCAUCGCAAACAAAAGGCAAAGAACAUUGGAAAGGACUGUGGAAUUUUCAUUCAACCUUCUUCAAUCCCACCCCCACCUACCUCCCUCUUUUUUGUCCUUUCUGCCUUGGCUUUUGGCGCACAAAAAAAUUGUGCGUGUGUUUGUGUUGUCGCCUGUGCUAUGGAGACCUGGGUAAGGUGUCUAGCAGGGGGAUCAACUGUCGGAUUCCAAGGACAAGCAAGAGAAGAGGAGCCGACAGCAAGAAGCGAGCAAGGGAGCAUUGCUGCUGCUUUGGGAGCCUGACUGGAUUCCUAUCUGCAAUCUUUUUUUUUUCUUUUUCUUUUUUUCUAAAUCAACAAGGAAAGGGAGGAAAAAAAAAACACUCACAAAAGGGCCUUCGAACCUUUCUCUUUGGAUGUGUGGAUUUACAAAAGGGCUCAUCUUGGUUAAGCUCUUUGGCAUUGAUACCCGUUUUGACAGAGCAAAUAUAAAAAAAGGCUUUCUUUGCUGCUCUUGGGAUAUACAUACAUCUGAUGUGAAUACCACAGCUCUUGAUUGCAAACAGGAGGGGAAACUAUAUAUCUCAGUUCAAGGACCUGUAAUAAUAACUUGAGGUAGGUGUCUAGUGUUUCAACCCCUCUUUGCAUCAAUUUGUAACCCUCCCUUCUGUCUUGUAAUACGGCUUUUGGUUGGUUAAUUUAUCAUCAUGUCCUUCUCAUACACACGUUUCAGAAAAGCCAGCCCUCUCUACCCUCCUUUCUCCUUCUGCCCCUGAGCACAGUAAAAAGCAUUGCUUAAUUGAGGAUAGGUCAAGCCCUUUUGCCCCUUAGCAAGCACCCACAUUCUCCCCUGUCCUCUUCAGUCACCUUGACUUCUUUGCUCUGGUCCCAUUAACACUACUACCAGCCAACCAGCUACUUUCCCUGAUCCCCAAAGCGCCCCAAACACCACCCCCCAAACACCCCCAUCCUCCCCCCCAGAUGAUGCUGAAUUAUGAACGUGCCACAUCAUGAGUCUCCUGGGGCGGGUAGCUGUGCAUCGUGCCAGGAAAGCCGCCCUGCUCUGUGUAGUCUUUCUGAUGGCGCGAGCGUGGAGCAGCGCCUCCCUGGCCUUGGCGGGGGCGGCGGUGUCUCAGGGACCCCAGGGCUGUCCACCGCAGUGUUCCUGUAGUAAUCAGCAGGGGAAGGUGGUGUGCACCCGACGUGGCCUCACCCGUGUGCCCCCUGGCAUUCCUGCCAACACGCGACACCUCAAUCUAAUGGAAAACGCCAUCGAGGCGGUGCAGGCUGACUCCUUCCGCCACCUGCACCACCUUGAGGUGCUCCAGCUUGGGCGAAAUGCCAUACGGCAGAUUGAGGUGGGCGCGUUUAAUGGACUUACCAGCCUCAACACACUGGAGCUGUUUGACAACCGGUUGACGGUGAUUCCCAGUGGGGCCUUUGAGUACCUAUCUAAACUAAGAGAACUGUGGCUGAGGAACAACCCCAUUGAAAGUAUCCCCUCCUACGCCUUCAACAGGGUGCCCUCCCUCAUGCGACUGGACUUGGGAGAGUUACGGAAACUGGAGUACAUCUCAGAAGGCGCUUUUGAGGGCCUACAAAACCUCAAGUACCUCAACCUGGGCAUGUGCAACAUAAGGGGUGACAUGCCAAACAUGAGUCCCCUCAAGGGCCUGGAGGAGUUGGAGAUCUCUGAAAAUCAUUUCCCAGAGAUAAAGCCAGACUCCUUCAAAGGCCUGCGCUCACUGAAAAAGCUAUGGGUGAUGAACUCGCAAAUCACAGUGAUAGAGCGCAAUGGUUUUGAUGACCUAUCUUCGUUGGUGGAGCUUAAUCUUGCCCAUAAUAAUCUGAGCGCUGUGCCACAUGAUCUGUUCUCCCCGCUCAGGUACCUGGUGGAGCUCCAUCUCCACCAUAACCCUUGGAACUGUGGCUGUGACGCUGUAUGGUUAGCACGCUGGCUAAGGGAGUACAUACCUACUAACUCAACUUGCUGUGGACGCUGUCACUCACCUGCCAGCAUGAGAGGUCGACAGCUGGUUGAGGUGGACCCUGGUGAGGGUGCUGCAACCCAGUGUUCUGCACCAUACGCUACUGAUGCACCAAGGGACUUGAACAUUUCAGCGGGGCGAGUGGCUGACCUUCGUUGCCGCACAGCCCCAAUGUCUUCAGUGCGUUGGCUCCUACCCAAUGGAACUAUCCUGACACAUGCCUCUAGUCACCCGAGAAUAUCAGUCCUCAAUGAUGGUACCCUUAAUUUCUCAAACGUCCUGGCUGUAGACACAGGAACGUAUACCUGCAUGAUGUCCAAUGCAGCUGGGGCCUCCAACGCCUCGGCCUACCUCAAUGUGAGUGCAGCUGAGCUUAACACAUCCAACUUGAGUUACUUUACCACAGUGACUGUGGAGGUCUUGGGGCCAACCACUGAGAUGCCCAAGCCUAAAACCACCACGACCACAGCUGCUGCAGCAGGGGCUGGGAGAGCUGGAGGGGGAGGGGUAGGCCUAGGGACAACAACUACAACUGCCUCCCCUUCCGUCUUUCAGCCAGUCUUCAUCUCCACACCAACUGUGCUGCUGCAAAGCACUAACAGCCCACCAGGUGCAGCUAAGACAUCUGUGGCGCCAGGACUCCAAGGUGCCACUCUCAGGCCAGGCAAGUCUGGCCCUAGCUUGGAUGAAGUGAUGAAGACCACUAAGAUCAUAAUUGGAUGUUUUGUAGCGGUGACACUGCUGGCUGCUGUCAUGCUCAUCGCCUUCUACAAAUUGAGAAAGCGCCACCAGCAGAGGAGCACAGUGGCAGCUGCCCGCACUGUGGAGAUUAUCCAGGUGGAUGAGGAGGACCUUCCUCCGCCAGCGUCUGCAGCUCAAGAGACGGCUCUCACAUUGCCUGAAAUCCGGGACCAUAACAGCAUACACAAACUGGACUUUAUCAGCCACAAGACUGACUAUAGUUUUCACAAACCCAAGGCCGAAUACAAACCCCAGCCUGAUUUCACCCUUCAUAAGCCGAAGGCUGAGUAUACCACAUACAAGCCAAAUAUGGACUUCAGUAGCCACAAAUUCAUCCCAGAUUACAGCACUCACAAAUCUACACCAGAUUUUAGCCUUCACAGAACAAAGCCUGACUACAGCCCUUUUAGACAGGAAUACAGCACUCACAAACCUAAAGCAGAAUACAGCCCAUUUAAACCGGACUUUGGUACUCACCCAAAAACAAAACCAGACUACAGCCCGUUCAAACCAGAUUAUGGCACUCAUCCUAGGCAGAAAACUGACCUCAGCCCAUUCAAACGAGAUUACAGCACCCAACCAAAACCUAAACAUGAUUACAGCCCAUUAAGAUCAGACUACAACACACAGCAUAAACCUAAGGCUGAAUACAGUCCAUUCAAGCCAGACUUUGGUACUCAGCCAAGACCUAAACCUGAUUACAGCUCAUAUAAGCCUGACUAUAGCACUCAGCCUAAACCCAAAACAGACUACAAUUCCCAGAGAUCUAAAACUGACAGUACCUACAAACCCAAGGACCCUUACUCCUCCCAUAAGACUUCAACUGAUUACAGCGCCUUCAAGCCUGACUACAGCCCCCACAAAGCGGAUUACAGCGCCUUCAAGUCUGACUUUAGUCCACACACUCAGAGACCUAAGCUUGAUUACAGUCCCCACAAAGCGGACUACAGCCCCCAUAAAGUGGACUACAGCACUCUAAAGCCCAAAUAUAACACCUACAAACCAACUGGCCAUGGGGCAAAAUGGACAGAAAACAAUGUUGGGAACUCUUUGCCUCGAACCUUGCCCAGCACCAUCACAGCAAUGGCUGAGCCCUAUGUCAUAAAAACUCACACCAAGGAGAAGGUGCAGGAGACUCAGAUUUAAAAAGGCCGCCCAAAUGGCUCCCACUCCUUUCCCUAGGUUCCUAGCUCCAAACCGCCCCCUUUCCCACGCCCCCCUUCGUCAUUUCCUCAUAAAAUCAUGCAAUAGAAUGCACAACGAAAAAAGGACAGGAACUACUUUUUUGUACAGAGUGCAAACUUAAAAAGACUGAUGAUUUCUUGUUGUACAUGCUUAUAAAUAAAUAUAUAUAUGGACAAAUUGAAACUACCAUGGGCUGGUGAUAGAGAAACAUAUAUUAAAAAGAAAUUGAAACUAUUUUCUAACUUGUAACUUCUAUUUAAAACAAUGAGUUGUUUAAGAUGCUGUCUUGACUUUGACAAAUGAGGGUAGUCUUGUUUUAAAAAGGGGGCAUUCUGUGUGAUUUUUACACCAUGCUACAGAGAAUGCAGUGAUAAGAAAAAAAAUAUUUAUACUGAGAAGACUUUCUUUAACAAAAACCGAAAAAAGGUCAGUGUCGAUCUUUACAGGUUUAUCUUGUAAAAGCACCAAGAAUUUGUACUGUGCCAAAUGUUAUAAAUGCAAUAAAAAGGAUUUUUGGAAGAAAAAAAAAGGAAGUAUUAAGAGAGAGAUGUUUUUUUCUCCUUCACUUCUUCUCCUGGUGUAUACUGUAACGAUCAGCCAAAUGCUUUAGACACUGCAGUAAGACGCUGCAGCUAUACUUUAACCCUACGUGUACUGAAUGACUCAGGCAGAAUGAAUCACGGUGCAGAAGUGGAUGGUGUUUUCUUUUUUUUUUAAAUCUCUCAACACCUCCAAUUAUUAUGGUCUUUAUAUGUAACAUAAAUGUUUGUUCAGUUUCUAUUUUACAUCACCAGUAAGAGUGUCAUGGUGCUUCAUCAAGGUGUGGCUAAACAAAAAGUGUAUAUUUAACCCAAGUUCUACAAAUGCUUUUAAGAUGUUAAAAGAUGGUGUGUCCACAAACAAGUAUAGCAGUGCUAUCGUGACAUCUAAUGUUAAUUGAACUGCUCAUUACAUAACGCUUUUCAACGAUGCAAACUGAUUGUGUUACCUUAUCUCAUUUUCUACAUUACAAACUGGUAUUGUUUAUCAUGUAUCUAAUGAGUGAAAAAGGGGUGAUAAAUUAAGGUGAAGUACUGUUUGGGUGUUAAAGACUGUCUUGCACCUUUGCCAAAAAGUAUAGAUCCUCAUUUCACUUUUCAUUGCAUUGCCAGCUGUUGUGCCUUCAUCAAUCAGUAUGGGGGCUUUUUAUGGUGACGAAUGCAUUCGGGUCUCGCUGUUAACUGCAUUUUUCAUCUUCAACAAUAUCACACCCCUCUCAAUCAUAAUACAGCCCCGCGGGUCUCUGCCUAACAAAGAAAGAUAACAUGCAACAUACGCAGUGGUUAGUACGCAUGUGCUAGGCAGGUUUGUUUUUUGGAAACCCACAGUGUGUGGGAUUGAAGUGCUGCUGCCCAUUCUUUCGUCUGUAACUCUUGUUUAAUGGCCAAACUGGGGACAGUGUUGAAGAAGAAAAGAUAGAAUGAUAGAAGAAAUAUAAUGCUGGUGUUAACUACCCCUGGGAGCACGUAUCACUUAAAAGCAGAAUAACAUGUUUGGAGUGGGCAACCUGUGGGUGAGAGAUGACAAAGAGAAUACUACAGAAGAACACCAGGGGAGUGACUGCAAGCUGUGUGGACCGUAAUCAUCACAUCCAACACAUACUACCUUCUCAUUAACCCUUAUAUUAACCCUUAUAAAGCUGUACAAUUCUAAAAUAAUCCAACUUGAAUCAAAAUACACCAUUACUAAACCUCUAGAGAUGUUACCAGAUCCACAGUCACAGGCCUGAAAAAAGCUAUGACCUAGUAGUGUAGUUGACACCAGUUUACGUAACCAGUAAGAAGUGUGGCGAAUGGAGACCUAGGGAGACUACCUGCGAGGGCCACAAGAACAACAUCAAGGUUUGCCUCUCCAACACUGUGGUGACAUUUGAGACAGAGAAACUAAAGAAAAAAAGGGAGAAUGUUUGAAUAGAAAUGACAAGAGGUUGACAUCACAAGAACAGUGUAGCAGUUAGCUGAGAGCUUGUGACGAGCCUAACCUGUAGUAGAGGCUGUCAAAAAGAGGAAGAGUGAUGUGUGUGUUUGUGAGGGUGACAGUCCAGCUCUGAAAAAUUAGGAAGUGACAAAAAGAGGGAGUGUGAGAGAUAGCUAGAUAGAGUAAAGAGAUGGAGGUUAAAGAGGACAGCUGAAGAAAGGGAAAGAUGAGCAUAUUGUGUUUCGUCUUUGUACACUUAGUUGUUUUAGAGGAUAUCUUGUGCUUGGAAACACAUGACAUGUUGUAGAGUGGGACAGCAUUUGUUGUAAAUGUAUAAUUUAAAAUGUCCUCUAACAUUGUGCUACAUUACCAGGCUGGAAUGGAUAUGAUGAUAUCUCAAUGAGAGUAAAAACGUGGAUGGCAAAAGUGUGCAGUGCAGCAGAAAAAUAUAUCACAGGGAAAAGAAAUUGAAUCAUAUAAUAAAAA